AUGAGAAUAUGGUGCUGGAUCUUUGCAUUUGCAUGUGGGGCGGCCGCCUCAGCUGCCGUAGCAAAAUCCCCGCCCCAUGGAGUUUUCAAUGUCAAGGAGUAUGGUGCAGUUGCCGAUGGCAAAUCCGAUACCGCGCAGGCUUUCUUGGGAGCAUGGAAGGAUGCAUGUGCAUGGAAGGGGAGAUCGAGGAUGGUGAUACCCGAAGGGAGCUUCUUGGUUGGGCCUGACGAGUUUGAGGGCCAAUGUCCAAAUGCAUCACCCAUAGUGGUGCAGUCAAUCAAGUUUUACUCUAUGACAAACAUGACAUUGAGGAGGAUUUCUUCGAUUGAUAGCAAGUUCUUUCACAUAGCGAUGCAUGGUUGCAAGAAUGUGAAGGCCCAUCACCUCCGCAUAUCUGCCCGAGCCAAUAGCCCAAAUACCGAUGGCAUCCACAUUAGUUCUUCCACUGGAAUCAAAAUUGCUCGCUCCCAAAUUGGAACCGGUGAUGAUUGCAUCUCAAUUGGCCCCGGUAGCCAUGACAUAUUCAUUAAGAACAUUUUUUGUGGACCAGGACAUGGCAUAAGUUUAGGCAAAUACCAGAACGAGGAGGAUGUGAGCGGGCUAAAGGUGAGAAAUUGUACCAUCUCUAACACCACCAAUGGCAUGAGGAUCAAGACCUGGCCGGGCUCCACUAGCAGCUCAGCUACAAAUUUCACAUUCAAUGACGUCAUUAUGAAUAACGGGCUCAACCCGAUCAUCAUAGACCAAGAUUAG